UAAAGCAUAUGGCCUGUGUUUUCCAUCUUCAUAAUUAUAUAAUGCAAACAUGUUAUCGUAUAUUAAGGUGAUGGACAGGUGAAUAACUGGACUGAUUCAGACAGAACAGCUGAAGUCUGACAAUUCACUGCUCGUGCACACGAUGUCGAACUUCUACAUGAACGCGCCUGAUAAGUUUCGUUUUCUUCGUAGUUUCAGUUGAUUUGGGUUUAAAACAGAGUUGUGUUAUAAUCAAAAGUGAAUAACAGUGAUUUAGUCAGUGUAAAGAUGUCGCGUGGAUGUUUCUGCGUACUUCUGCUCGCGCUCGUCGCCGCGGUUUCAGGUGUGGUGGUGGAUGUGAAGAAGAAAGUGGGAGAUGAAGUUCGUUUUAAACCUGACAUCCCUGCAGGAUCAUCUUUUAAAGACAGAAGCAUCAUAUGGAAAUAUACGGCUGGUGGUGAUGUGAUAAAGGUGAUUGAAUGGGACAAUGACUUUAAGACUUUAGAAAGUCUGAAUCCUAAAUUCAGUACUCGUGUAGCUCUCGAUAAGACCACUGGAGAACUCACUAUAAGAGAUUUACAGCUGGAGCAUACUGGACUUUAUACCAUUGAGAUCAACAACAAAGAGCAAGAGAAAAAAUUCACAUUGACUGUUAUGGAUGUGGAUAUUAAGGCAGUAGUGGGCGGUGAAGUUCGUUUUAAACCUGACAUCCCUGCAGGAUCAUCUCUUAAAGACAGCAGCAUCACAUGGAAAUAUACGGCUGGUGGUGAUGUGAUAAGGGUGAUUGAAUGGGACAAUGACUUUAAGACUUUAGAAAGUAAUAAUCCUAAAUUCAGUACUCGUGUAGCUCUCGAUAAGAUCACUGGAGAACUCACUAUAAGAGAUUUAAAGCUGGAGCAUACUGGACUUUAUACCAUUGAGAUCAACAACAAAGAGCAAGAGAAAAAAUUCACAUUGACUGUUGUGGAUGUGGAUGUUAAGACAGUAGUGGGUGGUGUAGCUCAUUUUAAACCUGACAUUCCUGAAGGAUCUCUUAAAGACAGCAGCAUCACAUGGAAAUAUACGGGAGGUGGUGAUGUGAUAAAGGUGAUUGAAUGGGACAAUGACUUUAAGACUUUAGAAAGUCUGAAUCCUAAAUUCAAGAAACGUGUAGCUCUCGAUAUGACCACUGGAGAACUCAAUAUAACAGAUUUACAGCUGAACCAUGCAGGACUUUAUACCAUUGAGAUCAGCAACAAAGACCAAGAGAAAAAAUUCACAUUGACUGUUAUGGAUGUGGAUAUUAAGGCAGUAGUGGGCGGUGAGGUUCGUUUUAAACCUGACAUCCCUGAAGGAUCUCUUAAAGACAGCAGCGUCACAUGGAUAUAUAAGACUGCUACUGACAUGAUAAAGGUGAUUGAAUGGGACAAUGACUUUCAGACUUUAGAAUGUAUGAAUCCUAAAUUCAAGACUCGUGUAGAUCUCGAUAAGAUCACUGGAGAACUCACUAUAAGAGAUUUAAAGCUGGAGGAUACUGGACUUUAUACCAUUAAGAUCAACAACAAAGAGCAAGAGAAAAAAUUCACAUUGACUGUUAUGGAUGUGGAUAUUAAGGCAGUAGUGGGCGGUGAAGUUCAUUUUAAACCUGACAUCCCUGCAGCAACAUCUCUUAAAGACACCACCAUCACAUGGAAAUAUACGGGAGGUGGUGAUGUGAUGAAUGUGAUUGAAUGGGACAAUGACUUUCAGAGUUUAGACAUUCUGAAUCCUAAAUUCAAGAAUCGUGUAGCUCUCGAUAGGACCACUGGAGAACUUACUGUAAGACAUUUAAAGCUGGAGCAUACUGGACUUUAUACCAUUAAGAUCAACAACAAAGAGCAAGAGAAAAAAUUCACAUUGACUGUUAUGGAAACAACUUCCACAUGAACCAAAGUCCACCAAAGAAGAGUCAAAUUGUGAG